CUUUUAACCUCAGUAUUUUCAACGAUAUGGCGACGAGUGUAUAUAUCCUAGCUCUUUGGUGUUUAAUUGCCAUCAAACAUGUACUACCAAUAUUGGGUGAACAUGUCCACAACAGCCAUACGCAAUGGUUUGAGGCCAAUGGCAAUUUAUAUCACAUAGAAGUAGAACCAGAGUUCACAUGGAAAGAAUCCAUGAUACAUUGCAAAAAGGAACGUUUAAAUCUGCUCCGACCAUCUGAAGAAUAUCAUCCAGCACAAUUAAAGGAAUAUAUUAAAACGAAAUUCCCAAAAUAUCCCUCAUUUUGGGUUCAAAAAAAUGCAACAAAAGCCUCACUGGUUGAAAACCUAGGAUUUAAGUUCGAAGACAAAGAACGUAGGUGCAAUAAGAUGGAUAAUCAAACCUUUGGCUGGAAGACAGACAAAUGCUACAAUAACAUGGGUUUCAUAUGUGAGAGAGCACUGAAAAAUGGAUGGUCACUACAUCGGUUGUUCAAUACACGCUACUACAUUAUGCCCGAUAGCAAGUACACCUGCAAUGAGGUGAGAAAACUUUGUUCGGAACAAAAUAUGACCUUAACAUUGUUGUCUUCCUUGGACGAUAAUUUUUCCUUGAAAGAUUACAUUUUCAUUAAUUAUGGUGCUUUCGUUACUUUCUGGCUUGGAGAGCAGGAUACCACUACGGAUUGCAAAUUCUGGAGUCCAUUGAAUACAAAUAAAACAGAGAAACGUGGUUAUAUCUGUGAGCAGCCUGUGAUCCAAUCAUUUUUGACUUUUCGCCAUUUGUUACUUAUCGGCUGUGUCUCUGUUGCCGCUCUAAUUGCUAUUAUUGUCUUUGUGGUAUUCAAGUUAAUAUUGCGAAGGAAAGUGAAGGACAUGCAACAGAAUGUGGAGAAAGUAGAGAAGAAGUAAUUGUCAUGAAAGGCAAAUUGUUGUCACAUGUUUUUUUUUUUUUUGAAUAAUUUUGAAGUGGUUAAUAACUGAAAUAAAUUGUAAUAUAUUA